AUGUUCAAAACAUCACCACCCACUCAAAUACAAGUUCAAUUAACUCCUAGUUCUUCUGGCCACAAGACGUUUCCAACCAUUCCAGAAAAUCUUGAAGAUAUUGGAGAUUUCGGAUUUGCGAAUGAUGAACAGGUGAAAAAGUUAGAGAAGAAAAUGGAUGAUGUUUUAAAUGAAAACAAAAUAUUAGCAGCUGAAAGCAAGAAAGUGGCUGAUCGUGAAAAGAUUCUCGAGAUGCGUAUAGAUGUCGAUCAGACCGAGAUUGAUAUCUUAAAGGUGAGGGUGGCAGAGUUAGAAGAGGAAAAGACACGCCGAGAUGAACAGAACAAAUAUUUUGAGUUAAAGAACAAAGAACUGGAAGCUGCGAAGGCGUUGAAAGAGCACGAAUUCUAUAUGAUGAACAAAGUGAUAGAAAGUAUGCUCGGGAAGUCAAUAGAGCAAAGAUUUGAAGAAAUUCAAGUUGAAGAAGUCAGGGCUAAGCGCCAAGCUGAGAUUGAAGCUCUAAUGAAAGACAAAGGCAAGAAUGCUGAAAGCAGUGUUGCAGUAGCUGAAAGAUCAAUCGUUCCAUCUUUAGUCGUUGAAAAUCCUGUUCCUAUAUCUUCAGUAUCUGCUGUUUUUGAUGAAGAUGUAUCACUUGAAGAUCUGAUUGGGAAUGACGAUGAAGAAGAUGAUGAGGAGGAUGACAUUGAUGAGGGUGAUGACGAAGAAGAUGAUGAUGAUGAGGAAAAAGUGUUUUCUGCGAGUAGUCAUGGUUCUGGCAAUGACAAUGAUGACGAUGAUAAUCAGGGAGGUACAGGUGUUACUACGACUGAAGCUUCCAAAGAAAAGAAUGUCGAUGAUUACAUGAAUGAUGGUGCGAAUGAAGAAAUAGAGGAAGCUGAUGGAAAGGGGGAGCAUGUUGAUAAUCAAAACAUUGAUCAAGCUGAAAAAUUAAUUCUUCGAAUUGAACCUCAUGUUGAAGAAGGUGAGAUAAGGCAUACUUACACGUUGGAUGAAGUAUCGAAGAUGUUCAAUGUGAAUGAAGCUGAGUUUAAGUUUGAUUUCGAAGAAGAACUGAAUGCAUUCGACAUCAACCAUCAACCAAAGUAUGAAUAUAAGUAUGUGGAAGACGCAAAUGUAAGGAAAGUUUCUGAGAUUCUUAAAGACAAAAACUUUGAUGGCACCACAAAAGAUCCACUGAAGGAAGAACGUAAGAAAUGGUUCAAGGAAAGCAAUGAACGUAAAUUCAAACGUCCGUUGAAGUAUUAUCAGAGAGACAGAAGUAUUUCUUUGGGGGAUAUCAUAAGCUGGGGAUUUCUACCGCAGGUUAAUGCUUAUGCGAUCAGAAGAGAAUGUGGUGUUCAGUAUUUCGAAAAAUUACAUGAUGUUAUGUCCCUUCCAUGGUGGGAUGUGGAUGAGUUAUCGAAAGUAAGAACCUUGGGGUAUCCUGUCAGGAAGAAUGAUAUUGCAAUGUGGGGCCUGAUAAAGUUUGAGGCUCUGAAAGACUUCAAACACUGGAAGCCUCAUUACCCAAAGAGAGUUCAAAGGGUAGAUCUAGUGACAAGGAUUGAAGAGAAUAUUCUGAAUGUUAAAAAGCCGAAAACGAUGAAAAACAUUCCAGUGCCCAAGAUGGAACAUGAAUUUUACAAAGGUUUCAUGGGCUGGGUGUACAGUUGUAUAUCUACUGAGGCAGUGAUCACGUAUAGAGCUGGGAAAGAGAUUAGAGAGAUUUUUGUCUACGACCCGAUGUGGUUGCUGAACUACUCAGCGAAGGAUAUUGAAUGUUUAUUCAUCAACAAGAUCCGUUUCCAAUCUGAAGACAAGGAGCAAGCGAUGCAGUUUCAAAAGGUUGCAAAUAUUUGCUUUCAGAAAGGCAUAAAUUUUGAAAGUAAAUGGAAUUCAAAAUGGUGGUCGCUUGAAGAGAAAGAAAAGAAGAAGGCUGAACGAGAAAGGAAGAAACUUGAUGAAAACAAAGGGAAAUGGAUGAAGUUGCAGGCUGAAGAAGCUCAGAAAGCGAAGAAAGAGAAUGAAAGGUUGAGGAACUUGCUUAGGAAGAAGCCUAAGUCAAGAGAGGAAACUUUCAAGUCACUCUGA